AGAGGAGAGCACCGAGGGCGCGCGCACGCGAGUGCGAGCGGAGGGGAUUAGCGGAGAGACGGGGCAGCGCCGAGUAAUCCGCUCUGAGUGCCGCCAGGAUAGAAGAGGACAGGACAGCUGAGCAAAGUUAAGCUCGAGUCCGGCCUGGGAGGCUCUGAAUCCACCAUAUUGAAACCAAAGGGAAAUGUCAUUGAGGGAAGCGCGGCAGGAGCGCAACUGACGGGAAGGAAGGAAGAAACAAAAAAAAAGUCUUCCUGCUGCGGGACUUUAGGGAGAGCGACGCGGCUGACGAGCUGCUUUGUAUGUCGUGACAGACGCUGGGGCUUCCAACUCGCUGCGUGAAAGCUUUUAAGUGGACAAUCCUCUUAUUUCAAUAAUGAAGGACCGGCUGGAGCAGCUCAAAGCGACACGUGACACGGACGAUACGGAAGAUGUGGAGAUUGCAGUGGACAACGUUGCCUUUAUGGAUGAAUUCUUCAGUCAGAUCGAGGAAAUCCGAAGCAGCAUUGACAAGAUUGAUGAAAAUGUUACUGAGGUGAAGAAGCAAUACAGCAUCAUCCUUUCAGCUCCCACAACAGACCAGAAAACCAAAGAUGACCUGGAGACAUUAACAAAUGACAUUAAGAAGCUAGCAAACAGCGUACGGAACAAACUCAAGAGUAUUGAACGCAACAUCGAGCAGGAUGAAAUACGGUCGUCAGCUGACUUGCGGAUACGGAAAUCCCAGCACUCUGUCUUGUCUAGAAAAUUUGUGGAAGUGAUGACCAAGUACAACGAGGCCCAAGUUGACUUCCGGGAACGGAGUAAAGGGCGGAUACAGAGGCAGCUGGAGAUCACUGGAAAAAAUACCACAGACGAAGAACUGGAGGAAAUGCUGGAGAGCGGGAAUCCGGCCAUUUUUACAUCAGGGAUUAUCGACUCCCAAAUCUCCAAGCAAGCACUCAAUGAGAUCGAAUCUCGGCAUAAAGACAUACUAAGACUGGAGAGCAGCAUUAAGGAACUUCACGACAUGUUUGUGGACAUCGCCAUGCUAGUGGAAAACCAGGGAGACAUGCUGAAUAAUAUCGAAAUGAACGUGUCCCAGGCGGUCGAUCACGUUGCAGCAGCCAAAGAGGAGACCAAGAAAGCGGUCAAGUACCAGAGCAAGGCGAGAAAGAAAAUGAUAAUCAUUAUAAUUGUGGUCCUUGUGGUGCUUGCAAUUAUUGCAUUAAUAAUUGGUCUCUCUGUUGGACUGAAAAAGAGUGGAUGACGGGCCUUGUGGUCUCCAAAUCAAACUCAUCAUCAUCAUUGUGGUGGUGACAGUUGUACUCCUCAUCAUCCUGGCUAUAAUCCUGGGCACAACCCUCAAGUGAUCGCCCACCCCGUCCCCACACUUUACCCAGUCUUCCCUUACUGUGGUAGCAUCUCCAAUGGAUUCCAUCCAGUCUUCCUGUUCACCUCAACCCUCCUCUUCCUCCUCCUCCUUGACGCUUUCCACGGUCCCCUCUCCUGGACUCGGCUGGCACAGAAAUCGCCUGGAAGCUGCUCCCUCCAACAGUCUGGUGGAAUUCCUGCUCCUUGUUCUUGUCUCCAUGCCUCCCUUAUAGGAUUAAGAACUCCGUGGAUGGCUAACGUGGCUCUUCCUCCCACUUGUGUCAUAUUUACACACAGUCACACACACGCCACACACACAUCAAACAGCCGUGUGCACGGGGUUCUUUUGUAUUUUUUGCGUGGAUUGUUGUCAUAAAGGCUGCUGUUGGUGGUCCCCAUGUGUGCUGUGGGUGCUCAGAAGCAGAUUUGCACAUUCGGUCCUUAGCCGAGCUCAGGGGGCCACGGGCGACGACUCUGCCCCACCUCCAUUUUUUUUUCUUUUUAUGAGCUAUGAAAGUUAAGGCGCCUUUUUAACAUGAAUUUUGUUUUACGGGGGUACUUGAUUUUAUCUUCCUAUGGAACUACACUCAGGAUCCGGGGGGGUGGGGGGUAUGGGGGCUGCCUUGCCAAAGACAAAGACUCCCGGCAUAGUUUUGGGGGUCGUGACCAGCCAAUUGCAAUGGCGCUGUCACCCCUUACACAACCAAAGCCCCAGAGACCUGGCUCCCAUGAAGAAAAUAUGUAUUUUUUUUUUUUUUUUAAACAAAAUAGGUUAAGUACAAAAUGUUGAUUCAUAUUAGAACUUUUUAAUGUAUGCAUUCUAAGAAGAGUUGUGAUUUUAAUUUAUUUUGCAAUAAACAAACAUGGCUGAAAAAUUAAA